AUGCCUAUCGACCGCCAGCUCUUCAUCACUCUCCACAAAGUCACCGUCAACGCUAGAGCUUACUUGGCAGAUCUGGACGAUCUGAUGCAAAUAGAGGCUGAUUGUGAAGCUCUGGUCCAACAGCAACAACAACAAGAACAAGAAGACGUAGAAGAAGAAGACGUCAAAGAAGAAGUCGUCUACUUGACUCCUACUGAAGAUGAAGCAUAA